AUGGGUUUGGCUGGUGCAAUUGGAAGGCUUAAGAACCUCGUCUACUCAAAGCCCUCUAAGGACCGUUCAGAAUUCGGCAGCAAAUUCCGCGGUAUUGAAAAUUAUGAUCCCACGAGAUUUUAUUAUAUGAAUUGUGGCGAUAAUGGGUCGUACGUCGACGUCGAGUGUAUCGCUACUGAAGAAUUUAUUCGCGUUUAUGGUGUGGACUUCGACAUGAAAUGUUCUGAUUUCCUCGUUCAACUUUGUUCAUUAUGUGGCUUACAAGCAGUGGACUACACUUUCUUAGUUCCUUGCGAGGGUCUUUCUGGAGUUUCAGGCAUCUGUUGGCUUUCUGCUCCUUCUAGGAGUAAGCUUGGCCAUUGGGUUAAUUCUGAUACAACUCAAACAACGUUACCGUCUAUGGUUAGGCUCAUUGCUAGAUGCUGUUUCAAGAAGUCUGCUAAGCUUUAUCAGUAUCCAUUCCUUGACACGAAGUUUAAAUACCCUAUUACACUCCUAAAAACUGGGAGGGAAUUUUUAAACGAACUGGGACAUCGGAUUACUGUGCAUUUACCAGAAAAUUGCAUGAUUGUCGUCCGUGGACAUUUAGAUCAACCUAUUAGUAAAGUUCUUCAAAAAGUGUCUUCGGAGCAUCAUCUUCAAUUAAGCAACUACUACAUUACUGAUCCCCAAAGAGGAACGAUUUUAGAUCCAAAAGAUACAUUCUUAAAUCAAAAUGCAGAACAAAUUGAACUUAAAGAACGAAAGAAAGGUAAAUCUAGCAAGAACUCAACGUCACACAAAAAGAGUCAAAGUGAUGACUCUCUGAUAUCUAAUUUGGAAAUGGAACAUAAAAGGCGUCCAGCACCAAAUGUACCUGCUAAACAACAAAUAACACAUCGACAUUUAUCACCUUUUGCCGAUGUACCUGACAAGGUACAAUCUUCUAGUUGCGUAACAUUACCAAGUAAGAAAGAUGGUACUAAAAGAUUGGAUGAUAAACGAAAUUCAGUUGUCGAAUCUCAAACAAACAGAGACUCAAUUAGUAAUUGCUCUCAAGAAUUACAGAGUAAAUCAUUUAUUGUGAAGGAUAAAUCGAAUUCGUACAAGCGUAAAUCGUCUACCAUGGUGAAUUCAAAUACAAAGAAGGAAUCCGAGAAAAAACAUCGUUCUCCUGCACCACCGCCACCACCACCACAAUUACUUCCAAAUCUCAUCAAACCUGUUAAUGGUAAUGAUCCAAACAUGCCCAAGUCAACACAUAAAGACUCUCGUAAAUCUGAUUCGCACUUGCUUAGAACGGAUAGUCGCCUAGAUGAUGAAUUUAUGAAAGAAGACCGCAAAUCAAAUAAAGGCUCAGCGUUCAAAAAUCAUUCUCAAGAAGCAGUUACAAAGCCAAGUGUUAUCGAUGUUGUGAACAAUCAAUCAAAUUCUCAUGAGUGUAAACCAUCUACCACAGUGAAUUCCAUUACAAAGAAGGAAUCCGAGAAAAAACAUCGUUCUCCUGCACCACCGCCACCACCACCACAAUUACUUCCAAAUCUCAUCAAACCUGUUAAUGGUAAUGAUCCAAACAUGCCCAAGUCAACACAUAAAGACUCUCGUAAAUCUGAUUCGCACUUGCUUAGAACGGAUAGUCGCCUAGAUGAUGAAUUUAUGAAAGAAGACCGCAAAUCAAAUAAAGGCUCAGCGUUCAAAAAUCAUUCUCAAGAAGCAGUUACAAAGCCAAGUGUUAUCGAUGUUGUGAACAAUCAAUCGAAUUCUCAUGAGUGUAAACCAUCUACCACAGUGAAUUCCAUUACAAAGAAGGAAUCCAUGAAAGAAUGUCGUUCAGCAAUACCACCGCCACCUCCCCCGCCACCACCUCCACCAGCUCCAUUGUCUUUACAACGGAACUCCACUAUGCGUGUUAAUUGUUCGAAUUCAUCACUUCAGGAUUUAGCUGGAGAUUCAGGAGUGGAACCUGUCAGAAAAUUAUCAACAACAGUUUCAACUAAUCCUAAAAAUAAUUUACAAUCUCCUAGUGUAGAAAUGCUUACAGAAUUGACAAACGCUUUCAAGUCAUUAAGAAAAACUACGAAUAUAAUUGAUGGUGAAAAUGUGGACUUUUCAAAAAAACUUCCUGUAAAUCGAGGUAAAAUUAUUUCAGCUAUUCGACAAAAUUCAUCUGACACUUCAAAUAAUGCACUUGAUAAAUCGAACACUGUAAUGCCAUCGGUUAUAGAAUCCGAUGAUUGUUGUUCUGUCGAUACAUCAUCGUCAUUAUCAUAG